CUGUGUUUGGCAGCUUCGAGGGUGCCGCAACAUGAGUACGGGUGGAUCUGGUGAUGGAGGGAAUGGUGGCGGAGGCGAGAACUGGAAUGGGGGAGGUGGUCCUGGGGGUAACAACGGAGCAGGCAACGGCGGCUGGCAAGGGGGGAAUAAUGGAGGUGGUAACGGUGGUUGGCAAGGAGGGAAUAACAGCAAUUUUAGUGGAGGGAAUGGAGGAGGGAACGGAGGAGGUAAUUGGAACGGUGGAGGUCCCGGUAAUAACGGGAAUGGGAAUUGGGGUAACGGGAACGGCAACGGGUGGAAUAAUGGAGGUGGGAAUGGAUGGAAUGGGAAUGGUUGGAACUGGAAUGGUAAUGGAGGUGGCGCGUGGAACUCGAACGGCGGAAACGGGAAUGGAGGCCGUGGUAACGGGAUGGGGGGAGGUAACGGAAAUAACGGAGGAGGUGAUUGGAAGCGCUCUGCAAAGUGCUAUAAUUGUAACCAGUCAGGGCAUAUUAGCCGCGAGUGCAACGCACCUCGGCAGUGGAAUCAACAAGGAGGAGGGAACGGUGGGCGGACGAUUCAGGAUGGAGCAAGCAGCUCAUGUACGACGAAUGAACCCAUCGCAACGACGGGACUGAGCAGCUCAUGUACGACGAAUGAACCCAUCGCAACGACGGGACUGAGUAAAGACUUGGAAGAAUCUUUAAAGAGAGUUUGUUUGUACAUGAAUCUGAAGAUCGAGAGACAAGAGAGACGGGAGGCAGAGGCGAGAGUAGCAGAAGAAACGAAGAAGCGAGAUGAAGCAGAACGAGUACCAAAGGAGGAGCAAGCGAGAGUGGAGUUGGCCAAGAAAAAAGCCAAGGAAGAUAAGGAAGCCAAGCGGGAGUGGAAGUUGGAACAACUGCUAGCGAAACAAAAGCAGACGCUGCGAGAGGAGUUUGAGAUUAUGUUCGAACGACGGUUAAGAAACGCGAUUUUGUCGCAAAAAGCAGUCAAAGGGAAGAGUAAGAUGGAGUCUAGUGAGGAGGAAAACGAAGAGGAGGAUCGCUUGGAAAAGCGAAAACGACAACCGGCGGAAGCCUUCUUGGUGAACCCGCCAGAGGAGUCACCUUCGAAGGUCGGGAAAGCGAGUUCAUUGGCCCCUAUGAGGGCUAUGAACGAAAGAUCACUAAGGUUAGGCGUCCCUCGGAGAGGAGCAAGAGCCGCAACUUUAGGUUAUCCGUAUACGUACUCCCCGUUUCGGGAAGGAGCGCCAUCCGCAGAAGAUUACAACACGACCGUCGCCUUCAGGAAGGCCAUCCGCAAGUUCCUCAACAAGAAAGGGAAGCCUAUGAUUGAAGAGAUGUGUCGUGAAGACGGUAUUGUGUAUCGGGGGAGACCGGAAGCUGUGGACAAACUGGUUGAGAUUCGAGUCGUGUACUUCAGCACCGAGAGCAGUCAGCCGCCAACAGCUGCACCAAGACAAACCACCCCCCGGCAGCGUGGUGGGAAAGUGGUUAUCCGUGAAGUACGGGAUACGCUGCGCGAAUUAGCGCCUGAACCUCCUUCGGAUGAAGCUGCCAGCGAUCCCCAUGCUGACUGAACGAUGAAGCGUGUUACGUAAGUUCCUGUAUAUACGUAAGAUCUUUAAUGCUUAUCCGAUUAUUGGAUCUAAAUCCCUACGAGA